GGAUGCUUUGGUACAUUGAUUUGUGAAGUUGAUUUUGGAAAAGUGUGCUAGAGUUCAUAUUGGGUUUUUCCCGCUCAUUUUUCAAAGAAAACCCUUCUCUUCUUCCUUCACAACUUCAGUUUGGAGCGACAACAUGAGUGCUCCCAUGGACACAGAGCUCACAACCUACGAAAAUGGCGCUGGUUCCCAACACUCACUUCCCGAGGACAAAGUUCUUGUCCCUGUCGAGGUAGCCCUAAAACCUUCCAGCACCGCUAAAAUCGAAGAUGUUCGUUCCGCCGUUGAAGGGAUGCUUGAAAAGAGGAGUUUGAGCUAUAUCGAUGGACCCAUUCCGGUGCCUCUUGAUGAGGCGUUUCUCGCAGAUAACGUGCAAAGAAUUGUCAUUUGCGGAUGUGAUACCGAUGAAGGGAGGCACAAUGAUAAUGUUCUUUUGUUCUGGCAAGUCAAGCCUAUUGUACAUGUUUUUCAGCUUAGCGAGGAAGGUCCAUGUGAGGAUAUAAGCUCUGAUGGCCAGUCUUCCAGCUUCAACGAAUGGAUUCUUCCUGCAAAAGAAUUUGAUGGCAUGUGGGAAAGCUUAAUAUAUGAAUCUGGUCUAAAGCAACGGUUAUUACGUUAUGCAGCAAGUGCUUUGCUCUUUACUGAAAAAGGAGUUGACCCAUUCCUUGUUUCGUGGAACCGCAUAAUUCUGUUACAUGGACCUCCUGGGACUGGAAAGACAUCUUUAUGUAAAGCAUUAGCUCAGAAAUUAGCAAUUCGAUUCAAUUCAAGAUACCCUCAGUCCCAGCUUAUUGAAGUGAAUGCACAUUCUUUGUUCAGUAAAUGGUUCUCUGAAAGUGGCAAGCUGGUAGCAAAACUUUUCCAGAAGAUUCAAGAAAUGGUAGAGGAAGAAAGCAAUCUCGUAUUUGUAUUGAUUGAUGAAGUUGAAAGCCUCGCUGCUGCUAGAAAAGCUGCCCUAUCUGGUUCUGAACCUUCUGAUUCUAUUAGGGUUGUCAAUGCAUUACUAACUCAGAUGGACAAGUUGAAAUCAUCUCCUAAUGUGAUAAUUCUAACAACUUCCAACAUAACUGCAGCUAUUGACAUUGCUUUUGUUGAUCGAGCUGAUAUCAAAGCAUACGUUGGUCCCCCAACUCUUCAAGCUCGGUAUGAAAUAUUAAGGUCCUGCUUGCAGGAACUGAUACGUACAGGGAUCUUGGCUAAUUUACAGGAUUGCGAGAAUAUCAUGCUUCCACAUUACGCAUGUGCAAAGGAGAGGUUGAACGCUCCAGAUUCGCACGAGGGUUCUACAUUCAUGCAACUGUGCAAGCACCUAUUGGAUACAGCGGAGGCCUGUGAGGGAAUGAGUGGAAGGUCUUUGAGAAAACUUCCAUUUUUGGCACAUGCUUCACUCUCAAAUCCUUUUGAUUGCAACCAUAUUAAGUUCUUAUGUACAAUGGUAGAAACAGCAAAGAGGGAGCGUUCUGAGCUUCCUGAUUAAAAUAACUAAAAUUUCAAUUCAAAUUGUGUAAAUCAAAAGUGUAACUAUAACAUCUACUGCAUUUUUUAGUUCGAUAAAUGUUUGAUGCAGCGGCAAUUCUUAUUUAUUA